GGAGGAGGAGGAGGAGGAGGGGGGGGGAGAACUCUUCUCCACAACAACCCAAACCAAAAGGAAGGAAAUGAAAUCGAGCUGAAGAUGUUUAUCGGAGCCGCUACUUCUUCACCUGUGCUUCUCGUUUCUUCUCAGUCCGGCACCGGAAGAGACGCUUCUCAAUGACAGCUGAAGUUCUCGGUGCGUUUGUGAUACCUGCGGCACAGUGCCACACCUUCGCCUAGCGCAACAGCUCCACGACACAGCCGGGCCAAAUGGGGGGCCAAUGCUGCAGGGUGAUGAAAAGCUACGUCUACGAACCCUCCGAGGCGGUGGACGAGGGGAAGUCGGACUCGGCGGAGAGCUCUCUCUACCAGCCGCACCACUUGCCCGGCGGCGCCGGCCUGGGCAGCGGCGGCGGCCUGGGCAAGCAGAAGGAGGGCUUCAGCAACCUGGGCUACAGCCGGUCCAACAACAGCACGCUGAAGCUGGAGGUGGACAACAACCACGUCAACCAGCGGCUGCACGCCGCGCGCCCGCCCGCCAGCGAGCCGGACAGGCAGGGGAGCGCGCCGCCCGCCGACGCCGCCGGCGUGUACAUCAUCCAGCCCGCCGGCCCGGGGCCGAGGUGGGCGACGCGGGACAACGGGCCGAGCCCGGUGCCGGUCUACCCCGAAACGCGGGAGCGCGACCGCAGGGGGGGGCGCCCCACCGCCGACGGGAGCCUGUCGGCGGACGAGGCGGACGAGGGCGUUGGGGGGACGCCGGAGUACCUGUGCGACACGGGCGACGAGGGCAGCGUCCUGUCGGUGGAGGUCCACACCAGCACCACCAGCCUGUCUUCGGCCGACACCAGGGACGAGCUCAGGCCCCCCAAGGCCCCGGACGCCUCCACCGUGGAGAGCGGGAUCUCGGUGAUGAAGAGCGAGGACGAGCAGGAGGACGAGGAGCUGCGCAGCGUCACGGACUCGAUGGUGGCCGAGGCCCUCGCCGCCUUGGAGGCCGCCACCGCCGGGGAGGACAGCGAGUGACGUUCUGAUUUACAAGAAGAACGUGGAAACAAUGAAGGAAAACUGCUGAAAAGGAGUCGAGAUGUCAAACCUUGGAUAUUUUUAUUAUGUUUUCGCCCACUUGAGUGUGUUUUCACACUCCGCGGCUCUGAUAGGCCACCCUUCUGCUCACUAGUGUCCGUACUGCCCUCGUAUAAGCAUUGAAAAAAAAAAAAGUCACAUUUGCUCCAUCUCGGAGCAUCACCAUGCCAACGGAGCGCCGUAGCUCGCCGCCUCACUUCGAGAGUCUCGCCCUCGUUUCCGCUGAGCCGGCGAGAGAGUGAAAAGGUUACGUGUUUUUUUUGUUUUUUUUUCCAUUUUUCACACCCGUGUUCGUGUCUCUAUGCCGCGUGUCUCCCGCUGUUAUUUAUGAAAAUCUCCACACCGCACCGCCUUCGUUUUUUUUUGUUGGGAGAAAAGGAACCGGAUGUUAUUUAUAAAAAUAAAUAGUUAAAGUAGUUCUUCAGCAGGUUACUAAAGGAAGAAGCGCCCCCCACCCCUCCCCCCUCUCUCCACGUUUCACUCAUUGAUUUAAUGAAAUCUCUUAUUUUUUUCAUAGUUUUUCAUCCACGGCUGAACCUUGAGCUUCACUUUAAAAUCUAUUUCACAGGUCAGGUCUUGUGCCCAUGACAUUAGUUCAACCAGCAGCUUGCUUCUGUGCCUUUUAACAAACUAAUUGAGGCCAGCCGGCCACAACAAGUGUGUAAAUGCUAAAUUAACUGCCCUAUGAAGUUCUGGAUGAGUUUCACGCCCCUUUUUUUCCAGGCCAAAUCCUCUCUAAAUAUUAUAUUUGUAUUGUAAAAUAAAGGAAUGUACUUUUAAGAACUGCGCACUGUGAAGGUUCUUCUGUGUGUGCCGGCGUGUGAUGAUUCAUCCUUGUGUGGAUUUAAGAAGGGACUUUGGGACUUAAUAGAAUAAAUAAAUGAGCUAACGUUAACGUUAGCCGCUAGCCGGUGAGCUAACGUUAGCCGAGUCAUUAAAUCUAUUUGUUGCAGUGGUUCUAUUGUUCGAGUGUCCUUUAAAACUGAUUUUUGUUCAGCUGCUUCCUCAUUUCUUUCACAAAACCCUUUUUACGUAAACCCUUUUUAGCCGUGUGUCAUUUAAAUUCACACGAGGACCUCGUUUCUUCUUUUUUUUAACAU